AUGAAUCAAGACGUUAAUUUAGGCUCCAUUCAGAAUGUAAUGGAUGAAACACAGGUUUUUGGGACCCAACCAAGACAACCUUAUAAAUUAGCUGGAGGUUACCAACCAGGUGGCCAUCUGUGUAAUUCAAAUCUGCCAUCACAAAGUUUCUACCCCUAUUCAUCUCAGUAUCCAUAUAUGCAUAUAAAUUACAGCAGCGAUUGGGAAAUUUUUGAAGCAGUAAAAAUUCAGGAACUGGAAGAAGUCAAAGCUAGAGCUGCCCAAAUGGAAAAGACCAUGCACUGGUGGUCAGAUUGUACUGCUAACUGGAGGGAGAAAUGGAGCAAAGUAAGAGGAGAAAGAAAUAAAGCCCGAGAGGAAGCAAGACAAUUGAGAAUCAAAUUGGAUGGUGUUGUAAAAGAACUGAGUAUGCUUAAAAAAAUAAAUCAAGAUUUAAUAAGUGAGAAGGAAAAGUUAGAAAAUGUAACUGCUUGGAAAACAGAAAUCAGUUGCUCAGAAAAAUCUUAUGUUAAAAACUACUUAAAUCAGUUAAUGUUUCUGGAGCAAGAACAUGUGAACGAACUGAGCAAAACCAACAAGACUCCUGGAGCAGAAGACACAAAGAAGGAUGUAGAGGCAAUGCAAGACCAAAGCAAUCACAACAAGAAAACCACUCCAAAGCCUCCUGAUUCCUUUCCCAGUGGACUUCUGAGCAUCUGUUUGGAGGAAGCAAAAAACAGUUUGAACAGUACAGCUAAGGCAACAGAGAAUGAUUUAAUACAUGUUUCAGUCUUACAUUUGCAUUUGGCUGAGAUGCAGAAAAUCUUACAGAGGGAAAGAUAAAUGAAUGUAUUUCUGGAAAAAGAAAUAGAAAAGGUAGAAAAUGAAUUAUAUCUUUGGAAAUGGAAAUAUGAAGAACUGAGGCAAACCAACCUGGAAAGCCUGAAACAG